CCGCCGGGGUUUGCGCGCGCCACCAGUUCCACCGACUUCGACGUCCUGGAAAGUCCGUUCCUUAAGCUGUGGCCAUUUUUAUUUGUCGCCAGCAGUAUUGGGGAUUUAAUUUCGCCUACCUCUUGAGCCCGGGACGUGAAUUUCCGAGCAGAUCCAGCACCGUCUCACCUGCACACAGUCAUGAAAACCUCCUUUGGGCUCCUGGCCACAAUACUGUGGUGCAUCUUACCAAGUGUCUCAUGGGCUGCUAAGAUAAUUGUAGUCCCUCCAAUAAUGUUUGAGAGCCACCUCUACAUCUUUAAGACACUGGCGUCUGCGUUGCAUGCUGAGGGUCAUGAGACGGUGCUGCUGGUGUCAGAGGGGCGAGACUUGGCGCCGUCGGAGUACUAUCGCCUGCAACGCUACCCAGGUAUUUUCAACAGCUCCUCAGCAGCAGAUGACUUCCUGCAGGCCAAGGUUCACAACAUCUUCUCAGGCCGCCCAACACCGCUGGAGCUCUUUGACAUCCUAGAGCACUAUGCACAGAACUGCGACAGUGUGGUGGGCAGCAGGUCAGUGAUGGCACAGCUGCAGCAGGAACACUUUGACCUACUGCUUGUAGACCCUAACGAAAUGUGUGGCUUCGUGUUGGCGCACAUCCUGGGUGUGCCCUAUGCCGUCUUCAGCACAGGCCUGUGGUAUCCAGCAGAAGUGGGUGCACCAGCACCACUCUCUUAUGUACCCGAGUUCAACUCCUUGCUAACGGACCACAUGACGCUGACACAGAGAGUGACCAAUACUGUUGUGUAUUUAGCCUCACGUAUAGGAGUGCACCUGCUUGUGCUGCCCAAGUACGACCGAAUAAUGUGGCGUCACGCUGUGCAGCCACCAGCCUCCAUGCAUGAACUGGUACAGGGCAGUCGUCUAUGGAUGCUUUGUACUGACUUGGCUCUAGAGUUUCCUCGGCCCACGUUACCACACGUCGUCUAUGUUGGUGGAAUCCUCACCAAGCCACCGAGCCCUCUGCCACAGGAAUUUGCUACCUGGGUGAACGAGACAGACGAGCACGGGUUUGUGGUGGUUUCGUUCGGCGCAGGAGUGAAGUACCUCUCUGAUGACAUCAGUUACAAGCUGGCAGGAGCACUGAGCCGUCUACCUCAAAAAGUCAUCUGGAGGUUUUCUGGAGUUCCCCCGAGGAACCUGGGUAACAACACGAAGCUGGUGGAAUGGAUGCCACAGAAUGACCUGUUGGGACACAAAAACACGAGGGCAUUCUUGAGCCACGGCGGCCUGAACAGCAUCUAUGAAGCCAUGUACCACGGCGUGCCGGUCGUCGGAGUGCCGCUCUUCGGCGAUCAUUAUGACACCAUGACGCGAGUGCAAGCCAAAGGCAUGGGCAUCAUGCUGGAGUGGAAAAAAAUGAGCGAGGAGGAUCUUUAUACGGCCAUGCUCAGCAUCAUCACAGACAGCAGGUAUAGAGAAAAAGCCCUGAAGUUGUCCGAGAUCCACAAAGAUCAGCCUGGCCAUCCAGUGACACGUGCCGUUUACUGGAUCAAUUACAUCCUGCGGCAUCACGGUGCCGAGCACCUGCGCUCGGCCGUCUACGGCGUCCCCGUCUACCAGUACUUCCUGCUGGACGUCGCCGCCGCCCUGGUGGCUGCCUUGUUUCUAGUCUGCUACUGCGUGUACUGGAUAGUUCGACUGGCCCGCUCGUGUUUGAGGAGACGCAUGGCCGUGGUGGAAAAGGCCAAUGGACACUGUCACAACGGCAUCGCAAACGGCAAGCACAAACGCAACGGCCACGCCAAGAGCCUCGACAAGAAGCUCAAAUAACACCUACGCAAAAAUAAAUAAAAAAUUAAUAGACGCUGAAGCUAUACUAAAGAGGAAAAACUAACGAAAUGCCACGAUCGACAGGAGGUAAAUACACAGCUAAACAAAACAAGAGGAAGGCGUGAGCUGAUAGCCAAAUGGAACGUGAGUGAGGAAACAAAAAAAGAUAUUUGGAUUGUGCUUUUUCAUUGAUCAGAGUCUGAUUUCUUCACUCGUCCGUUUGGAUCCAGCGAACAUCGGUGUGUGAUUCGGAAUCUCGAAUCCAUCCUUGCAGAAGAAAAAGUGACAGUUUUAAUGUUACAAAUAGAUUUUAUUAACUAUCCCUCCUGACGAUGUCUUAAGUUUCAGGUGUCUGUAUAGAAUAUCUGCAUUUUUUUUUUUUUUUUUCAACUAAUUGUUUUGGAAAUAUUUUCUUGCUAUCCCUUAUCAAUCUCGAAGGUGCUCACAUUCUCUAAAUAUAAUUGUUAGUUGUUGAGAAUGAGAGAGAUUAGAAUGACUGUGGGCCUUAGACAAAAAAUACAACCCUUAAUGACUUUGAUCUCCAAUUCUUAACUGGUCUAAAGAUUAUCACCAAUGGUGCAAAAGAUUAUGUUUCUAUUUUAAUACCUCUCUACGAAGGACUGUUUUCACUUAACUGCCUCCAAUGUUACCCACAAUGCCGAUAGUGAUGAUGGGGAUGAUAGUGAUGAUGGUGAUGAUGGUGAUGAUGGGGAUGAUAGUGAUGAUAGUGAUGAUGGUGAUGAUAGUGAUGAUAGUGAUGAUAGUGAUGAUGGUGAUGAUGGUGAUGAUGGUGAUAGUGAUGCGGUGACGAUUUAGCCAUUAUUUCAUCCCUGCCUAAAGAGAGCAUUGCAGCGGCACUUUAGUCCUUCAGUCUGUGCUGCUCUCACCUCGUCAUCCCGUGCCACGAGAGCACAUCGAAAACAUUGCACCAGCUGACAAAUCAGCACCAGACUCACUAAACACGAAUAUUAUAACAUAAGCGUGAUUUUAUUUAUUUUUUUUUUUUUUGAGGGUGAAAUUUUCCUAACACUGAUAACACAGUGCGAUUUAGUGAAACUGUGCGUAAGUGCUGCUGCUACCAGGUAAUCCUAGUUCGCCAUAGAGCAAGCCCACCUGCCAUUGUUAAUUUUUUUUUUCUAUUAGGAUCUUUAAAUCUUAAUUUAAACGAAAUCCUUUAAAGCGUAGACGUGUUUGUUUCAAGCGUGUAGACGUGUUUUCAACCGAUAGACAAUAGUCAUAGAUUGCACACAAACGUUCCCAAUAUACUUCUUGUCUCAUAAACAGAAAAACACACGAUUUAAUCUUCCACUUUAUUCUUUUUCUUUGUCCUCACACUCCCUUUCAUUUUGCCUUCAGGCACUUAACUCUGUGUUUUUUGUGAAACAGGUUUGAUUGUUGAUGUGUAGAAUAAACGUAGAGCUGAUGUACGUCCGGAGGGGGUGUGUCCUCUGAGGCCUUAUAUUGUAAAUCUUUGGUACUGUAGUUGAAAUCUCAUGAUACACCAUGCCUCUUUGGAACCGCCCUUUUUAAAAAAAAAGAAAAAAAAUUUAAUUGAGCUGUGAUCGUUUUAUCGUACCACUGCUGCUUGAAGAGUUCCAAUCAUUUCACGCAAAUCAGAAUGAUUUGUACUUUUUCUAGUGAUCGCUCAUGCAACACAACACGAUUAGAAAUUAUUUCCAGCUAUAUGGCAUAAUUUAGAAAGAGAAAGAGAGAGAGGAAGGAAAUUACUCUUAAAUCCCUUGAUUUGUACGACUAAACAUUCAAGUAAAGUGUAACCACCUUUUUUUUUUCCCUUCGUCUUCUUUGGAUUGACUUGUCAGAACUUUGCAGUGAAACACACACUGACUGACAUCUCGGUCCAGUGAGCAUGUCAGAUAUUAAAAGCGUGUAAAUAAUUCAGACGUUUCAGCCAUUUUCUCUGUGAGCUUUAGCCAUUUUUACCAGCCAAGCACUGUUUAUAUAAUUUAUGUCCAUACUUGAAUAUUGUACUGUACAUGGCUGCGAAUUGGCUGGAAAGGCACAUAGGCUAUGACUGGAGAAAUGACUACACCCUGAUAACUCUUUCAUUCAUUUAGCCCUCACUUUCUGCUCACUUUUUUUGGUCACAAUUACAGUAUUAAUAGAUGCCUAAUAGCUGAAGGAAUAACUUUAGUUGCUUAAUGUAGUGCACGACGAGUGUGUCUGAGUAACUAUAUAAAGUGUGUGUGUAUGUGCGCCGUCUUUAUAGAGCUCGUUUAAAACAUGCUACAAGAAAACUUUCCUUUUUAUUUCUUAACCACUUUCUGUCCCUUUAGUGUCAGGUUCCGCUGAGUUUAUACCUGCUUACGCCUUUUUUUUUUAUUAAGUAAUGAUUUAAAUAUUUUAAGUGUCUAUCGUGUGUCAGUUGUAAUGUAAAUAUAGUAUGUAAACAAAAAUACUAAUGUUAAAUAAACAUUAAAUAUUUUGUUUGCCUAAAA